GCAAGGGCAAGGCAAGGCAAGGCUCGGGCCGCUCUGACAUGAUGCACGGAUCAAGAAACCGGCGCUAAUCGCGUGAGGAGCCGCGCCCCCCUCCCUGGCGGCAGCUGCGUCUGUAUCUUCUCCAUCCACCUCCAGUGGCGGAUGCGCGGAGCAGCAGCCGCUGCACUCGAGCGCCGCUGCCGAGGCGGCGGCGGCGGAGGGGGAGGGGGAGGGGGAGCCAGACAGACUUUGCCCGUGCAACGGGCGGUAGAUGCUGGAGCCCGGCCGCCGCCAGCCGGGUAGGGAGGAGCAGCGCGCGCCGGCCCAGGAUGCUGCUGCUGCUGCAGCGUGGCAAGGUUAGCACCUCGCUGUCCUGAAUCCCGGAGCUGCCGCGUCGAGGCCGGCCCGGCCGAUCCUGCCUGCAGGGAGGGAGCCGCCGCAGCCCGAAGCUAUGCCUGUUCCAGACCAGCCCUCGUCUUCUGAUAAGACAAGUUCUCUUAGUCCUGUGCUGAAUGCAUCGAAUGGGGAUGGUUCGGAAACGGAAACGACUUCUGCCAUUCUAGCAUCUGUCAAGGAACAGGAACUGCAGUUUGAGAGACUGACUCGAGAACUUGAGGCUGAACGCCAGAUCGUUGCCAGCCAACUGGAGAGAUGUAAGCUCGGAUCAGAGACCGGAAGCAUGAGCAGCAUUAGUUCUACGGAAGAGCAGUUUCAUUGGCAAACACAAGAUGGUCAGAAGGACAUUGAAGAUGAGCUCACAACUGGUCUUGAGCUGGUGGAUUCCUGUAUUAGAUCACUGCAAGAAUCAGGAAUACUUGAUCCACAGGACUAUUCAGCUAGUGAAAGGCCCAGCCUCCUAUCCCAGAGUGCACUUCAGCUCAAUUCCAAACCUGAAGGGUCUUUCCAGUAUUCAGCCAGCUACCAUAGCAACCAGACCCUUGCCCUGGGUGAAACAGCGGCAUCACAGCUCCCUGCCCGCAGCAGUCAAGCCCGAGCUGCCAUUCAGAGCUACAGCCAGGGCACAACUAGUCGAGCAACCCAUUUAGCUGGAUCUGAACCCUCUCAAUCACAUGCUGCCUCUCAGUCAAGAGAGUCCUUUGUGCCAAGCCAUGGGAGCGCGUUCCAUUUGCCUGAUUCCCAGCAUUCUUCGACACUUUAUUACUCCAGCUCCACUCUGCCAGCCCAGAGAGUGAGCUCUCCACUGUCCAUGCAGCAGGUGGGCUCUCCAACCAAGCUCCAGCGGGUGGGAUCAGCAUCAGAGAGCGCUGGAUACAGCACCACACAGCGGGUUUCCUCUCCCAAGCAGUCUCCAAGCCGCCUAGCUAAGUCUUACAGCACCAGCUCGCCAAUCAAUAUCGUUGUGUCUUCAGCUGGACUUUCUCCGUCCCCAAUUCGUGUGACCUCUCCACCCACCAUACAGUCUAAUAUUUCCUCCUCUCCUAUACAUCAGCUAAGCUCCACCAUUGGCACUUAUGCUACUCUGUCUCCUACAAAACGGCUGGUCCAUACUUCAGAUCAGUACAGCAAGCAUUCCCAGGAACUGUAUGCCACUGCUACCCUACAGAGACCUGGCUCCCUAGCAGCUGGGUCUCGGGCAUCUUACAGCAGCCAGCACAGCCACCUUGGCUCCGAGUUAAGGGCGCUGCAGUCUCCAGAGCACCAUAUAGAUCCUAUUUACGAAGACAGAGUGUAUCAGAAGCCCCCUAUGAGGAGUCUCAGCCAGAGUCAGGGGGACCCUCUGCAACCAGCACAUACAGGCACAUAUCGCACUAGCACAGCCCCAUCUUCCCCUGGUGUCGACUCCGUACCCUUACAGCGCACAGGCAGUCAGCACGGCACUCAGAACGCAACAUCGACCUUCCAGAGGGCCAGCUAUGCUGCAUGCCCAGCCUCCAAUUACGCAGAUCCCUACCGACAGCUGCAGUAUUGUCCUUCUGUUGAAUCACCAUACAGCAAAUCUGGGCCAGCCAUCCCACCUGAGGGGACCUUGGCUAGGUCACCUUCCAUUGAUAGCAUUCAGAAAGAUCCCAGGGAGUUUGGAUGGAGGGAUCCUGAACUUCCAGAAGUUAUACAGAUGUUACAGCAUCAGUUCCCCUCGGUACAGUCCAAUGCUGCAGCCUACUUGCAGCAUCUCUGUUUUGGAGACAAUAAAAUAAAAGCAGAGAUAAGAAGACAAGGAGGAAUACAGUUACUGGUGGACCUACUGGACCAUCGAAUGACAGAAGUCCACCGUAGUGCCUGUGGUGCGUUGAGAAAUUUGGUGUAUGGGAAAGCCAACGAUGACAACAAAAUUGCCCUGAAAAACUGUGGUGGCAUCCCAGCAUUAGUACGGUUACUCCGCAAGACUACAGAUCUGGAAAUCAGAGAGCUGGUCACAGGAGUUCUCUGGAAUCUCUCCUCUUGCGAUGCACUGAAAAUGCCAAUCAUCCAGGAUGCCCUUGCAGUGUUGACCAAUGCAGUGAUCAUCCCUCACUCUGGAUGGGAAAACUCGCCACUUCAGGAUGAUCAUAAAAUACAGCUCCAUUCAUCACAGGUGCUGCGUAAUGCCACUGGGUGCCUAAGGAAUGUCAGCUCUGCUGGAGAGGAGGCCCGCAGGAGAAUGAGGGAGUGUGAUGGACUUACUGAUGCAUUGCUGUAUGUGAUUCAGUCUGCUCUGGGGAGCAGUGAAAUUGAUAGCAAGACCGUUGAAAACUGUGUGUGCAUUUUGAGGAACCUCUCAUACAGGCUCGCUGCAGAAACAUCUCAGGGACAGCAGAUGGGAACAGAUGAACUUGAUGGAUUACUGUGUGGUGAUGCCAAUGGCAAGGAUGCAGAGAGUUCUGGGUGUUGGGGCAAGAAGAAGAAGAAAAAGAAAUCCCAAGAUCAGUGGGACGGAGUAGGACCUCUCCCAGACUGUGCAGAACCACCAAAAGGAAUCCAGAUGCUGUGGCACCCUUCAAUAGUCAAACCCUACCUCACACUUCUCUCCGAGUGCUCAAAUCCAGACACACUGGAAGGUGCAGCAGGUGCAUUGCAGAACUUGGCUGCAGGGAGCUGGAAGUGGUCAGUGUAUAUCCGUGCUGCUGUCCGCAAAGAGAAAGGCCUGCCGAUCCUGGUGGAACUGCUUCGAAUAGACAACGACCGGGUGGUAUGUGCAGUUGCUACAGCUUUACGAAACAUGGCCUUAGAUGUCAGAAAUAAGGAGCUAAUAGGCAAGUAUGCUAUGCGGGACCUGGUCCAUCGACUUCCUGGUGGGAACAACAGCAACAGCUCAGCAAGCAAGGCCAUGUCCGAUGACACCGUUACUGCCAUUUGCUGCACUCUGCAUGAAGUCAUCACAAAAAACAUGGAGAACGCCAAGGCCUUACGGGAUGCAGGAGGCAUUGAGAAACUGGUUGGCAUUUCCAAGAGCAAAGGAGACAAGCACUCACCAAAAGUGGUGAAAGCAGCAUCUCAGGUCCUAAAUAGCAUGUGGCAGUACAGAGACCUGAGAAGUCUCUACAAGAAGCGGGCGGUCCCAGGCUUCAGAGUGGCUGAGGACAGAGGAUUUUCACCCACCCAUCAUUCUGGGUCAUGGCACGCUCAGCAUACUCUCUCCCAGAGCCAAGAAACCAGAAUCUAUUCCCAAACCCAGGAUGGAUGGUCACAGUAUCACUUCGUAGCCUCAUCUUCAACAAUAGAGAGGGAUCGGCAAAGACCAUACUCUUCAUCACGUACACCCUCCAUCUCUCCUGUGCGCAUGUCUCCUAACAAUCGCUCAGUAAGUGCCCCUGCCUCACCUCGGGAAAUGAUCAAUUUAAAAGAAAGGAAAACAGACUAUGAAUCAACUGGAACAAAUGCCACUUACCAUGGAAAUAAAGGAGAACACACUUCCAGGAAAGACACCAUGACAGGACCUGCAUGUGCACCUCUAGUGGGAAUCAGACUGACUACAUCAUCUGAAAGAACCAGGGCUCAAAACACUGGAAUCUCAACUUUAUACAGGAAUUCCUAUGGUGCACCUGCUGAAGAUAUCAAACACAACCAGGUCUCAACACAGCCAGUUCCACAGGAGCCCAAUAGAAAAGAUUAUGAACCAUAUCAGCCGUUUCAGAAUUCGACAAGAAACUAUGAUGAGUCCUUCUUUGAGGACCAAGUGCAUCAUCGCCCCCCUGCAAGUGAAUAUAACAUGCACCUGGGACUAAAGUCAACCGGCAACUACGUCGACUUCUAUUCAGCUGCUCGUCCCUACAGUGAACUUAACUAUGAAACAAGCCACUAUCCAGCCUCUCCAGAUUCCUGGGUUUGAGGCUUGGGCAAGAUACAGAAGCUCCAGGAACUGUGCAUGUGCAUGCAUACCACAAGACAUUUUUUUCCUGCAAAUUUAGUUUGUUAAAGCCUGUUCCAUAGGAAGGCCCUGAUAACCAGUAUGGAAAAUUUAAGAGAUUUUAGAAGGCUAAAAGAAAUGCAAGUUAAAUAUGGAAGUAAUUAGAAAAAAAUAUAUAUAUAUACAAAUAUAUAUUACAGUGUGGGACAACUUUACUGUUGGCCUAUAGAGUCUAAAAUAACAGUGCUGUGUACUGAAUGUGGCUGAAGGAAGGAGGGAGAAUAUGACAGUGGAUGUGGGUCAAGAGUUAAGCACAAGAAACUGAGCAGCUUAUGUACUUUAUGGGGAACAGCUUCUCACACUUUGUUUAAUAUCCUCGUUCAUUGUGAAUCUAGGCUUCAAGUUGCAUUUGGGGUUUCCUCUGUACAGCAAGAUGUUUCUUGCCUUUUGUUAAUGCAUUGUUGUAAAGUAUUUGAUGUACAUUACAGAUAAAAAAAACAAGUGCAUUGUGUAUAUUACACCAAUGCCACAGUGUUUCUUCAUCUAUGGUUCUAAAUAUUGCUUCAAUUUCAAAAUUUUGGAAGAUGUAUGAAUUUCCAGGGUUUUUCUUGUUUUCUUUUCCCCAGUGCGUUUUAACAAAAAACAAAAAAGGAAUAUUUAGCAGUAUUGUUCGUUCUGAUAUGUGAAUUUGUUUGUGGCAACUAAAAAAAAGGCAUUCAGCAGUUUCUGACAAUUAACAUUCAUCGUUCCACACUCCUUGUCAACAAAGUGCUUUUUCACUGCCUAAAAUUUUAGAUGUAGAUAUUUGAAAUAGAUUUUUUCAUUUAUACCAGUUUUCUUUAUGAUGAUACAGUGUUAAAAGAAAAUAAAUUACAAUUGAUCUGUCA